AUGUCCAAGCCCAAGUACCCACAGCGAGUUGAGCUGCGAGGUUUCGAACGCGCUGUCACAAUGGCCGCCGGUGUCUCCAUGAAAAUCGUGCACUGGAUGCUCGUGGCUGGAGACGUUGAGACGUUGGAUCAAUUCCUUCCCGAGGCACUGACGCGAACUUUCAACAUGCAUCCGCGUAUGCGAGCGCUACAAGUCAAAGGCAAAGACUUCUUGGCGGAGAUCCAAGCUCCUUUAACCGUUGGCGACAUCAGAAGCAAGAACCUGCUGCGAAUGCGUCGAUUUGCUCGCUCGGAAAGUUCCAGUGGAGCUUUCAACAAGUGGCAGCAGAACGCUGACGAAGAGUGCAACGUCGCCAUCGAUCGGUACACGCAGUUCCCGUUCUUCCUGGUGGUGUGGGUCAACUGCACGGGUCAGGCGCGCCUCAUGCUUUUCUCGGAUCACUACAUGUCGGACGGGUACUCAGGAAUGGUAGUGCUAAACUGCAUUUUCGAGCAAGCCGCCCUCCUGUCAGAAAGGAAGGCGGCUGCAGUGCACGAGUUCCCUCUUCGUGCUUCGUUCUACGACGUGGCAUUGUUCGCCAAGCCGAUCUACCGCAGCGUUACAGAAAAGUUCAAACCCGUUCUACGAGCUCGAAGCGACCAGCGCGACUUCAUGAUGCCUCCUCUCGCGAAUCCGACCUCCGUAACUUUCGCGGAGGGCGAUCCUGCUUGCAUACACAAGACACUUGCACGAUGCAAAGCCGAGGGCGUCACCUUCGGUGGGGCGUUGGUGAGCGCCAUCGUGUUGGCCUUCUACCGAGCUGCGAGAUCGCAGUCCGACUUCGUCGCAGCGCAGCCGUUCAAGAUGACGGUAGAUUUGGACUACAACAUGCGCAGACGCGUACCUCGAGCCGCUCAAGAGGACCACGUUGCUGCCUUCAUAUCGUUUGCCGAUCUGGAGUGGCUUGAUAAUGAAGGGGUCAACAUGGCAACUACAUCGUUCUGGGACCUUGCACGGCGUGCGAAGAAGGAAAUCGAUGGGAACUUGGAGAAAAAGAUGCAGAUGAUUGCUGUAAUGCUUACCAUCGACGAGUUCGUGAACGCUCAGAUGAAGCCGGCGGACGCAGAGAAACUCAACAUCCGGAACUCGCUCGACUCAGACGCGGAUAUCUCCAAUGUCGGGCGCUACCCGUAUGCUAGGGAGGUUUCGCUGAAUGGCAAAACAGGUGACAAGGGCCUGCUGACGGUGAAAAGCUUGCACGUGUACAAUCCGAUCCCCCACUUGGGCCCUUCGGUGAUUUUCUUCGUAUCAUCCGUGGAAUCGUUUUGCUACUCGAUGGGCCACAAGUGCGAGGACAAAGUGGCCAAAUUGCUUUUCACUGCUUGGGUUGCGAUUUGUGAGAGCACGAACGAUAUCGGAGCUGACGAAAAGCUGGAAGAGGUGCUAGGGCGCCUGAACCGGUAA